UUAGAAAAAUGAUUUAGCCUGCACUGUUCUGCAUUGGACAUGUAGAAAGUUCACUAAAAAGAUAAUUUCUAUAUAAGUAUAUAUUAAACUAAAAAUAUUAAUGGACAAGGAAGCUGACCUCUUCUAUCGACAGAUACCUAAAGUGCUUCAGGAGAGAGAAAAAAAGAGAGACUGGUGAGGGAACUGUUUAUAGCUGCUAUAACGAGCUCCAUGCACAUCUUAAUGGCUCUGUCAGCUUUGCAACGAUGGAGAAACUCAUUGCCCGAAAGCCGCAUCUGAACAUCGAGUCUAGCAGGACGGCCAUCCAGAGCGGACAGCGGCGCACACUGGCCGAAUGCUUCCAGGUUUUCAAAGUGAUCCAUCAGCUUGUUGAUUCCGAGGAAGACAUUUUAAUGGUUGCCAAAGCUGUUAUUGAGGAGUUUGCUGCAGAUGGGGUGAAGUACUUGGAACUGCGCAGCACUCCACGAGAAGAAUCCAAAACAGGUCUGUCUAAAAGAAGAUAUAUUGAGACAAUCCUUGAAGCCAUCCAUCAGUGUAAGCAAGAAGGAGUGGACAUAGAUGUCAGGUUUCUUGUGGCUGUGGACCGCAGAAAUGGCCCUGAGGUUGCUAUGGAGACGGUGAAGCUAGCCGAGGACUUCAUGCUGUCCAGUGAUGGUGUGGUGGUGGGACUGGACCUCAGCGGUGACCCUACAGUAGGGCAUGGAAAAGACUUGCUUUCUGCUCUUCAGAGAGCCAGGAACUGUGGGCUCAAGCUGGCUUUGCAUAUGUCUGAGGUUCCUUCUCAGAAGGAGGAGUCGGAGUUGCUGUUGGAUUUGCCUCCAGACAGAAUUGGCCACGGAACAUUUUUACACCCUGAAGUAGGAGGUUCGGACAGCCUUGUGGAUAAAGUUCGUAAGCUAAACAUCCCUUUGGAAUUGUGCCUGACCUCUAAUAUCAAAGGUCAGACGGUACCCUCGUACGACAAGCAUCACUUCCAGUACUGGUAUGAGCGCCAGCACCCAUGUGUGCUUUGUACGGAUGAUAAGGGGGUGUUUUGCACCGAUCUCUCUCAGGAGUACCACUUGGCUGCGUCUACGUUCGGCCUCAGUCAGGAGGCUGUGUGGUCGCUUUCCCAGCAGGCAAUUCACUGCAGUUUUGCCCCAGAGGCUUUAAAGCAGAAGCUGGAGCAGAGGUGGGCUGAGUUAAGACCUCACAUCCUUCACUGACGAGGAUGAUGCUCUUUUCUGUCUUUGUUGACUGUAUGUCAGUGAUACAGGGGGCAUAUGAUGUGCUCGAGAUAUAUCUUCAAAUAUUCGUAGUACUGUUUUAACUACUGUAUAUCUGCCUCCCCAAGUGAUCACCAACCUCACAGACCUGACCCUCAUACCUGACAUCUACGGUUUUAGGUUAUGUUUUAAAUUCAUAAUGAUCAGAAAAUGGCAGGGUGCCAUUUAUUGAUUUGUUGCUUAGGUUCCUGCCCAAAAGGCCAAGGAUUUACUAAUCCAUCCAUGUUUUUAUGCAUCUGUAUCAACCCUGAUUUUCUAAUGUUAUCCCCAGGAAAUAUUCACUUUGUAUACUGGAACACUGAAUAAUCUGUGAUUUCGACGUUGUGCAGUUUAGCCAUUUGCUGUCUCGGUCACACACACAUUUGCUGUCUCUGUCAUCAUAGCCAUGUAAUUACCUCCAAAAGCCAGAUGGUGAAGUGAGUGUUAAUGAAGCAUCUCUCCUGUACUGUCUCUUUAUAUUAAAUUACAAACUGGCAGCCUAUGAGACUACUUAAAUAAGGGAGUACAUCUAUAUUUGAGCUAACUCACUCUGUUAGGAAUUAAACAAUGAUUGUGCAUAUAGUUUAAAAAAAAUACAAUGAACCACUGAACUGCUUUUUAGUAAAUAAUGCUGCUCUUAAUAUAAAUGCAUGUGGUUGUUGUGUUUUGUGAUUACCAGCAGGGGGCAGAAGCACAACUAAAAAGAUUUUUGUUUUGCUCUGAAUACACUGCUGCAAUGGUUCGUAACCCUGGUCCUGAAGUCAGCUUGCUCUGCAUAUUUCAUUGUUUUUCUUUGGCUUAAACCCUCCUAAUCAGCUAAAUAAAAGCCCCUCCCUUAGGUGUGUUAAAGCAGAGAAAACACUGACACGUCCAUGUUGGGGUUACCCCGCAAUCAGGAUUGGUAACACCCUCAUACUGGAUCAUCAGUUUUAUUACUUAUCUACUGGACAACCAUAUGGUUCUGUCUUCGCUAAUCAUUGCUGAGAUGGAUGCAAAUCACUGGAAUGGAGAAAAGGUGUUGAGGUAUAAAAUGACACACUUUUCAAAGCUAAGGGUUUAGCUGACUCUUUUAAGAUAGCUGCUAAAAGUAUAAGAAGCCUCAAACCCCAAAACUGAUUAAUGAUC